UUUUAUUCCCGAAUCAGUGAUGUGCAAAUGGCGAAUUGCAGUCAUCUCUUUUCUUUUACUAUUUUUUUAUUUUCAAAUAGAAAGUUUAAAAGUAAAAAAUAAUUAGAGUUUGGCAUGGGUCGGUCGAACAGGCUGAAUUUCAAGUUUUGGCCCGUUUUGAUCAAGUCUAAUUUAUAAUCACAUGAUUCCCUGAUACCCGAUAAAAAUCUCAAUCCAAACCAGUUUGGCAGGUGAGUCCGUGUUUACUACCAUUUUCUAGGGAUAUAGGAACGACGGUUCCUAUCCCAAAUCGUGUUGUUCAUUCUUGAUUUCUUUAGAUUUUAUCAUGGCCUGGCAAAAACCGGAAAGCACGAUGACGACAAGAUGAAAAUUUUAUAAAGCAAAUUAAUCGGCCAACGAGCCGAGUAAGAGCAACGAUUGUGAGAUGCUCAUUUCCCGAAAACCGGCGGGAUAGGCGAUUUUUUAUUCGAUUUUCUAGAUUUCGGUUUCUAUAAAACUUACUCCACCUCAUCAUAUUACCAGAAACAAUAUUGUUUCACAAGGUAACAGGUACUUGAUUUUGGUUCAUAAUGCUGAUUUUUGAUUCGUUGCAUCAUUCAUGUCUUUUUCCUACUAAAAUUCACUAUUUUUAUCACGUGUUUCCCAAAAAAAAAAACUAUACAACAAUAAGCUAUACACUCCAUUACAUUAUCAAAUUUCAUACCUCACCUUCCUACGGCCAAUUGGCCGGGGCCCAAGCUAGUGAAUUAAGGAGAGAGCUAAUCGAUUUUUUGGACAAUUGAUCGGAUUUUGGGCUAAUAAUACCACUACAACAUCCAAACUAUGAACAAAAUAUCAAUUGUGUCAUAUUCUUUUCAAUAUGUCAUUUUUGUCAUGAACUAUAUUUCUCUUAAUGUUGACUCGCGUUGACCGUUAGUAUUUAACAGAAAUUCUAGUCAGCAUUAUGUGGCAUAUGAAGUGGAAUUUUUAUAAAAUUUUUAUAUUACAAAAUAAUUAAAAAUAAAAUAACUCCCCAAAAUCUUCUCAUUCCUUCUCCUCCGGUUCUCCUCCGUUCGAUGCUAGAGGAAAGGGAUAUGGGUUCCAGACUAGGUUUCAGCCACCACCAACGAGUCAAUCGCCACAACCUCCAAUCGUUUCAGGUCCAUGCACGCAUCUAGUCGAUUCCCCUAUUUCGUGUUCUGAACUCCAAGCCAAAUUUGAUUUAUAGUCCACACCAUCUUGCUAGUUCUCUCCUCCGGAUCGACGAUUCAUUAGCCCACCUCCUGACUUCUUGUUGGCAUAUGGUUCGAAACGAUUCCAAUAUGCACCACCAGUUUCUCCUUCAUAAAACGCAUGUGCCAAAAAUUAUUAAAAUUUCUUGGUUCUUGUUGUGCCAGUUUCUUGAAUUUGACUAAGGCGGAGUCUUUGUAAAGACCCCCACGAUGUCGCAUCGCCACCAUGAGAAACCGCUUCCUCUUCAUCGAAUUCGUCAAAACCCUAAUGUCGUCAAUUUAACGAAGUCGAGGAUAUCCCCGCCGGUUUUUGCAACCGCUUUUGUACCGGUCGUCUCCACCAUCCCCGUCGAUUCCACGGCCUCAGCAGCAAAUCUAAGGAGAGGAGGAAUCGAAUCGAAGAAGGGAAGAUCUUAUGAUGAUAUCCCUUUGAAAUCGACAGAUAGCCAUCGGCUACGAGAGAAGGGAAAAUGUGGAGAGCAACAAACAACAGGAAUCGAUGAGCCAUUGUUGUAGCUACUUGGAAAUUUAGGUUGUUGCUCGCUGGCGACUGCGGAGACUACGUAUUUAUUCUUAACGGUAAACGGUCAGGGCAAAGGACGGGGAGGGCAGGAGAAAUUUGUUUUGUUUUUAUAAUUUUGGGGUUAUUUAUAAUUAUUAAUUAUUUUUAAUCAAAAAUAUUAUGUGUCUGCCGACAUGGCAUCUACGUGUCCGCCUUGUGAUUGCCACAUCACCAUUGGUCAAUAUCAUUAAGAGGAUCGUUAGGUCAACCGUUAUCUAUUACAGUCUACGAAAGCGUCAGGACAUAAAUUACCAUAACUAAAUAUGAUAGGAUAUAAGUGGAAUAUUAAAAAGAAUAUGACACAAGUAACAUUUUAUUCAUAGUCUGAGUGUCGUAGUGGUAUUAGCCCUCAAAUUUUUCAAGGGCCGCAGAUUCCAAGUGUGUUGUUAAAGUACUUUUCAAAUCUUCUUCAAAAAUUAAAUGGGUCAUAGCUCAAUCGUUUUACAUUGCAUUCAGAAAAAAUUUGUGUAGAAAUAUCAUAUUUUUCGUGCUCUACGAGAUGAGAUCCAUUUUGAUAGUUUUAGAGAGAAAAAAUUUCACGUCAUCUUACCACUGUCAUAUCACAUUAUUCAUAGUACUAUGGUAAUAUUCUGAUAUGAUAGUGGUAUGAUGGUGUUGUUAGUCUUACCAUAAUGAUACAAUCAUGAUAUGAAAGUAGUGAGAUGGUAUUAUGAAAUCUUACCUUAAUGGUAUGAUAUUUGUAUGUCAGUAAUAAGAUAAUAUAAAGUCUUAUCUUUGAGAAAAAAUUGCCAUCAUACCACUAUCACAAUGAUAUGAUAGUAUUAUUUGUCUUACUGCAGUGAUAAGAUGGUAUUAUGAAAUCUUACCAUAGUGGUAUAAUGUUGCAUGACAUUAGUAAGAUUAGUAUGUGGUGGACCCUAACCUCAAGCAUACUCCCUUGAGCCACUUUCGCCACCUCUUGGUCAUCUUCGGUCACCUAGUCCACUCCUGGUCUCCUUCUAAGGUUACCUUCGACCACCUAGGUCACUUCCGAUCACCUUCUAGUGUCACCUCCGCUAACCCAAGCCACUUUAGGACACCUUCUAGGGUCACAUCUGGUCAUCUAGGCCAUUUACGGUCAUUUCUUAGGUCACCUUCGAUCACCCUCAGGCAGCUACGACCACCCUUUUGGCUACAAUCGUGGUGCCCAACAUAAAACUUGACGUCUGCUACAACCCCGACAUCAAUAAUUGAUGCCCACCGUGUGGCCCCGGAGCAAAAGGUUGAAUAAAUCCUAGCUUCAACACUUCACUUGGGAUGGAGUCUCAAAGCUCCCUACACACUUAAAGCGACGGCGGAGUUCGAGAAAAAGAGCCAGCCUGUGACAUCCCGAACCUUUUCCCGAUAAGAUAUUGUCCGCUUUGGGCCUCUACACCCGCAUGAAUGUCAACUUGGGAUGCAAUUCAAGGUGACUUCCCAUAAGGUCACCCAUCCUUGUUGUGCUCCGCACUGAGCACGUUUAACUUCGGAGUUCUCACAAGAACUCGUCCAUUUCACCCCAAAACGCGUCUUGUCAGUUAAGGUCGGUUUCCUACUUAUGAACUAGGGAUCUCUCUCAUGCUUUGUCGAUGUGGGAUUCGCCUAAGGUGUUACACAGCCCUUCCCCUAACUGUUGAAGAUCUUCAAGUCCAAAUUGAGCAUCUGAUUCAAAUCCAAACAUUGGCGUCAACACCUCCUCCACCCCCAUGGGUUACAUGCCAACUAUAACCACCAAGUGAAGAACAUCGGAGGGCCAGCUCACCCCAAUGGGACGUCAACCACUCGUCCAACUCCACAACCAGAAAAUCUUUCAUACCUUGAGGCGCACAUUAGACAAAAUAUAUUAUAUUCUAAGUCUAACUUGCAUUGGUUAAGGCAUUUGAUCAUGUAUAAAAGUUUGAGCUGGAAGCCAAUAAGAGGGUUCUAAUUCU